AAACUUGAUUUUUUUUUUUUUGUUUUUGUUUUUUAUUUUUUGUUUAACUACAUUUUUUUUAAUCACAAACUGAUUGCAUCCCUAGCUCUGGAGGAGUAAAAGCGCAGAAUGUUCUGGUUAAAUGUUAUUUGACACGCCUUACAGGUGGUGCAUUCUAUUGGAAAGCAGGACCACACCCCAGAGCACAAUAUUCAGGAAGGACCAGCAUUACAAUGCUGUCUUAGCAGGUGAAAGCUGGUUGCAUUUGGGUGCUGAAGAAUUUUUCUCAAGUGUUUUUUUUUUUUUUUGAAGAUGUCUACUCUUGCCAGCAUAAAUUUAUGCUUUAGAUGCUGAACAUUUUACCGAAAAAGCACAGAUCAUAUUUUAAGCUAAAUUUCCAAUACUAUAUUUCCAAAUAUGGGACAGGUGCAGUCUCCAGAGCUAGUCCAGGACAGCAAGCCUGAUGUCCUCUGUGAUGUUUUCAGCCAAGGUGUAGUGCAUGCAUCUCAAAGGGUGAAAGAAUACUUGGGGUUCGAAGAUCCACAGAGCAAACUGCAGCCUAGCACAGACACGCUUAAUGAGAUUUUCCUUGUCAAUUUUAUCUCUUUCUGCAUGGAGAAAGGUGUGGAGGAGCACAUUACCACAAGCAAGAUGACAAAACAGCAGUCUCUACUGUUUGGAGUGGACUGGAUAUGGACAAUUUUUGGGCCUGACAAAAAUAUCAGGCUCCAGUUUACUGUUCAAACAUGUCAGCUGUCGGAUUCAGUAAUGAAUGAGAGUGGUCAGUCAGAGCAGCCCUGGAGAAAUGGAAGAGAGACUACCACUUUGGAUGUGCUGUAUAAAAACAAGGACAGGUUUGAGAAAAUAGAGGAAUUUUGUUCACUGGUUGGACAAGACUGUGUGGGACUGUUCAUUGUGUUUGGACUGCCUGGUAAGCCAAAGGAAAUUAGAGGAGCACUUUUGGAUAGUGUCCAGACCAAAAAGGUUAAAAAGUCAUUGUCUGGGGAUAGUUUGGUGAAGGAUUUUAUUAUGAAUACAGAGUCAUUUCUUUCCACACGAGAGAUUCUGGAGCACUGCUUGAGCAAAAAGAAUGGUCUCAGGAAUGUGGGAAAUGUUUACAUCAAUUUCCUUUAACCUCAAAGUUGGUGUUCUGCUUUGAUUAAUGGCUUUAAUUUCAAUGUCUAUUAAAUGGUUUGACUUAUUUACUAGUGUAGUUUCACUGUCAAAUGAUAGUUGCAUUAAUCAGCUAUUCAAAAGAUAUUUCUUUCAAGUAUGGUUUGCAGCACCACAAUAUUGUGACCAUAAAGUAUAUUGCCAUUGAAGCAAUAGCAUUUAAUAUUUUGCAUGUUACCAGGGAUUUAUAUGGCUGCCAAGCGGGCACAUUUUAUACAGAAGUAGAUGCGAAUGAACAUUUUGCAUUUAUAUUUGAAUAACAAAUGAAUUGAGGUAAACUGUAUUGGUGAACUAUUUACUUUUAAACUUGUUUGCUGACUGUGAAAAGGGCCUGUAGAAAGAUUAUAAUACUUAACCAAUUUGAAGAUCAAGAAGGUCAGUGUCUUUGACUUUGUUGAAAAAAGGCACAUCAGUUAUGUUCAUAGACUAACUGCCAAGGUGACAUGAUUAGUAUUAUUAUUAUUAUUAACGAUUAAGAAGUACGAUUUUUAGUAGUUGCCACCACUUAGAAUGGGCGCGUUUAUGUUGACAUGAUUCACCCGCAGUAAGUGAUGGAUGGUAUAAAUGCCCACACAAUGUCAAAAUGUCCCCCAAUCACCAGUACAGGUUAAAAAUCUUUAUUGAGACACUCAUGUACUGAUAAAAAAUAUGUAUU